AUGGCGGUGCCGAACGGGGCCGGGGCCGCGGCCGCGACGGGCCCGGGGGGGCCCGGGGGGGGCUUGGGGGGCCCGGCGGGGCUCGGGGCCGGCACGGGGGGGCUGCGGGCCGCGGCCGGGCUCUACGAGCAGCUCAAGGGCGAGUGGGGCCGCAAGAGCCCCAACCUGGCCAAGUGCGGGGAGGCCCUGGGCCGGCUCAAGGUCGCUCUCCUGGACCUGAACUUCCUCCCCACCUCCGGCUCCUCCAUGACCAAGCAGCAGCUGAUCCUGGCCCGGGACAUCCUGGAGAUCGGGGCGCAGUGGAGCAUCCUGAGGAAGGACAUCCCGUCCUUCGAGCGCUACAUGGCGCAGCUCAAGUGUUACUACUUCGACUACAAGGAGGAGCUGCCGGAGUCGGCGUCCCGGCACCAGCUGCUGGGGCUGAACCUGCUGUUCCUGCUGUCCCAGAACCGCGUGGCCGAGUUCCACACGGAGCUGGAGCGGCUCCCGGCCCCCGACAUCCAGGGAAACCUCUUCAUCCGGCACCCCGUGUCCCUGGAGCAGUACCUGAUGGAGGGCAGCUACAACAAAGUGUUCCUGGCCAAGGGCAACAUCCCAGCAGAGAGCUACACCUUCUUCAUUGACAUCCUGCUGGACACCAUCAGGGAUGAGAUCGCCGGCUGCAUCGAGGCCGCCUACGAGCGGAUCCUGUUCCCCGAGGCCGCGCGGAUCCUGUUCUUCAGCUCCCCCCGGAAAAUGACCGACUACGCCAAGAAGCGGGGGUGGGUGCUGGGCCCCUCCAACUAUUACAGCUUCGGGGGGCGGCAGCAGAAGGCCGAGGACCCCCCGAUCCCGUCCACAGAGCUGGCCACACAGGUGAUCGAGUACGCCCGGCAGCUGGAGAUGAUCGUCUGAGGGGCGGCCCCAAAACCUCCGCUUCCCCUUCCUUCCCCCUUUAUUCGCAUUUUUUCCGCCUUUUUUUCCGCCUUUCCUCGUGGUUUUUUCGAGUUUAAAGUGGGUUGGGUUUUGUUUUUUGGGGAGGGGAGGGUUUAACUGUUCGAAGAUGAUUUGGGGAGGUUCAGAGUGGUCCCCCCACAUUGAGACCCCCUCAAACCUCCCUGGACUUGCCAAAUCCCCCCAGCUCCCGUUUAUUCCCCUUUAAUCCCUCAUUUUUUUUGCGUUUUUGGGAGGGGUUUAAACAUUUAAAGUGGUUUUUCAGGAGGGUUAAUUGUUAAAAGAUGGUUUUGGGGGGGGUCUCGAUGUGGGGGGACCACUCUGAAACUCCUGAGACCCCCCAAAUCCCCAUUUAUUCCCUUUUUUCUCUCAUUUUGUUGCAUUUUGGGGGGGUUCAGUGAUGUAAAGGGGGGUUUUGGGGAGGGAUUUCUGUGUAUGGACCCCCCAAAACCCCCUGGAAUACCUCAGACCCCCAAAUCCCCCUUUAACUCCCAUUUCCCGCAUUUUUGGGAGGUUUAACAAAUCCAGAAGUUCUUUUAAGGGGUCCCCGGUGUGGGGGGAUUUGGGGACGCCCCCCCCGCACCCCCUUUUUGGGCAGAAUCGGGGGGGCUGAGCCCCCUCCCCCAAAAAAUUACCUCCAAAAUGUUGUUUCAAUAAAUUGCUGGAGCCGGA